AUGGCAGUUACUAGAGAGAAAGAAAAUUGUUCAAGAAAAAUUAAUGGAAAUAUACCCGCGCUAUUUCUCAACAGUGAUAAUAUGUCGACAUCUACAGACAGUGACGACGUAGCAGAUCCGACAUAUGAAAUUAGGAACAUUCAAAGUAUUAUAAAUGUGACCCGUGAAAACAUUGACGCUUUAAAUGCUAAGUUCGCCUGUUUGCAGCAUCCUCCGCCUCUAUAUCUGUCGGAAUAUCAAGAGUUGACUGCGAAGUUGCAUAAUUUAGAACUUAGAGAACAGACUUUGCGCGACUUGUUGCAGUGUGAUUCGCCGGAUAGAAGCGAGGAGUAUUCUUGGCAGGAUGACUCGAAGAAGUAUGAUACUCUUACCCGGCAACCUAAGGUGUUCCUUAGGGCUCACUUGCCGAACCAGCAGCGCACGAGUGUGCAAGUUAAAGAAGGGGUGACGCUACGAGAGGCGCUGAUGAAGGCGCUGAAGCUGCGUAAUUUAACUUGUGAAAUGUGCGAAGUGGUUAGGACAGGCAAUAAUCAAGUGAUACCGUGGGACAUCGACAUUACAACGAUCGAUGCUGAGGAGGUGACAGUAAGAAUUCUAGACAAGCUGCCAAUAAUGUCGCACAUGUCACAUCAGUUUACUAGGAAGACCUUUUUCACCUUAGCCUAUUGUGAAUGUUGUCGGAGACUGCUCUUCAAUGGUUUCUAUUGUUCUCAAUGCAACUUCAAAUUCCAUCAGAGAUGCGCUGAUAAAGUGCCCAGUAUAUGUCAUCAGGUGCGAAUGACGGAUAAAUAUUACGCAGCACUGUUAGCGAAGAAUCCAGAAACGCAAGCCGGUAUACUAUAUUUACCUUCACAUUUCAGCUAUCAUCAAAACAAGUCUGCCUCUCCUGCUAAGAAGAUCAAGGAGUUUGAUGUUAACUGGCAGCAACAUCCGCGUUCCCUGAACCAGCAGGACCGGUCCAACUCGGCGCCGAACGUGUGUAUCAACAUGGUGCAGAGACCCAUGACGCUGGCGGAACACCAACGCAAGCAAAACCAGUGCAACAACUCGCCGCAGUCCGGCAACUACCUGACGUCGGGCCACCACGGCAAGGACGAGAAGGACAAGGGCGACGCGCAGCAGAGUCAGAGCACGCAGGCGUCGCCCACGGGCACGCUGCGGCCGCGGCGGGCGCGCGCGCGCUCGGCUGACGAGUCGUGGAAGCACGCGCUGUCGCCGCGCGAAAGCUACGACGACUGGGUCAUACACGCCGACGAGAUACUCAUCGGAAACCGCAUUGGGUCGGGCAGCUUCGGCACGGUGUACAAAGCGCACUGGCACGGGCCCGUCGCCGUCAAGACGCUCAACGUCAAGACGCCCACCGCGCUGCAGCUGCAGGCGUUCAAGAAUGAGGUGGCGGUGCUGCGCAAGACGCGGCACUGCAACAUCCUGCUGUUCAUGGGGUGCGUGUCGAAGCCGUCGCUGGCCAUCGUGACGCAGUGGUGCGAGGGCUCCUCGCUGUACCAGCACCUGCACGUGCUGGAGACGCCGCUGCCCAUGCUCUACCUCAUCGACGUGGCGCGCCAGACCGCGCAGGGCAUGGACUACCUGCACGCCAAGAACAUCAUACACAGGGACCUGAAAUCAAACAACAUAUUUCUAAGAGACGACUGGUCGGUUAAAAUUGGAGAUUUCGGUCUCGCCACGGCCAAAGUGCGGUGGUCAGACUCGUCGACGCUGGGCGGCGUGCAGUGGCAGCAGCCCACGGGUUCUAUCCUGUGGAUGGCGCCCGAGGUCAUCCGCAUGGACGAGCCCGUGCCCUACACCUUCCGCUCCGACGUGUACGCGUACGGCAUCGUGCUCUUCGAGCUCAUGGCCGGCGAGCUGCCCUACAACCACCUCAACAACAAGGAUCAGAUACUUUGGAUGGUGGGACGCGGCCUGCUCCGGCCCGAUGUGCGACGUCUCCGCCAAGAUGCACCACAAUCCCUCAAACGCCUCUUCGAGGACUGCAUUAAGUUCGACAGAGAACAAAGACCUCUGUUCAGACAAAUACUAGCAUCUUUAGAAUCUAUGCUAAGGGCCAUGCCCAAGAUCACCAGAAGUGCUUCAGAGCCAAGUCUAAACAGACAGCUGCACGCCUCGGACGACUACCUGAGCUACAGCUGCGCUUCACCCAAAACACCAGUCAACUUUCAAUUCAAUACGGACACUAACUUUCCGGCUUUUUACGGCAUCCCCGUGCCUAACCAGCGACACGCC